UCUCAGAUUCUAGUGAAACUGGAUAAUCCGGACCAAGCAGUGAAGUACGUAGCAAGUGCACUUGCUCAAUUAUUACACCUAUACAUGAAUAGUUCGUCAUGUCAGAAAUUAAUGGAUCAUAGUUUAAACAUCCAGAAAUCUAUUUACUCUUCUCCAUGGUAUUUAUUUCCAUUAGAAUUGAGACCUUUGAUACAAAUAGCAUUAAUGAGGGUAAUUAAACCUUGUCAAAUUACUGCUGGUAAACUGUACGUUAUGUCUAUGGAAAAUUUCUCUACGGUACUGAGGACAUCAAUGUCAUACUUUACUGUUCUGUUAUCUAUGAGAUAG